AUGCGGGGGAAGCAUGUGGUUUCUCGCCUUCCAGUCCGGCCGGCCCGCCUCCUGCUGCGGGCCGCUCUGCUCUCGGCCGUUCUGAUUGGCCCGCGGCUCGCGGCCUCGGAGUCGGACGAGGCGUCUCCGACCGAGUGGGAGCUCUGGAAGAGCAGCCACAGCGUGGCCUACGAGGACACGGACGACGUGCAGAGGAAGAACAUCUGGGAGAGCAACCGGCAGAUGAUCGAGGACAACAACGAAGGGUUCUUCAUGGGCAGGAGGCCCUUCACCAUGGCCAUGAACCGAUACGGAGACCUGACGGAGCAGGAGUACCAGGUCCUGCAAGGCGCCGUGAUCGACGCCCAGUUCGCGAAGAGGGGGAAGACGGCUUCGGGCCGCCGGCUGCGAGCGAACGCCAAGAAGCUCGGCUCCUACUUCGUGGACUACCGGAACAUGGGCUACGUCACCGAGGUCAAGGACCAGGGUUUCUGUGGCUCCUGCUGGGCCUUCAGCACUACGGGGGCCAUUGAGGGCCAAAUCUACAAGAAGACGGGUCAGCUGGUGUCGCUGAGCGAGCAGAACCUGGUGGACUGCUCCCGGUCCUACGGCACCUACGGGUGCAACGGCGCCUGGAUGGCCAACGCCUACGACUACGUGGUCAGCAACGGGCUGCAGGCCAGCGACGCCUACCCGUACAGCUCGGUGGACACCCAGCCCUGCUACUACGACAGCCGGCAGGCGGUGGCCCACAUCAAGGACUACAGGUUCAUACCCAAAGGAGAUGAGCAGGCCCUGGCCGACGCCGUGGCAACCAUCGGGCCAAUCACGAUCGCCAUCGACGCCAAUCACUCCAGCUUCCUGUUCUACAGCUCCGGCAUCUACGACGAGCCGCUCUGCAACCCCAACAGCCUGAGCCACGCCGUGCUGCUGGUCGGCUACGGCUCCGACGGAGGCCAGGACUACUGGAUCAUCAAAAACAGUUGGGGAAGCAGUUGGGGCGAAGGAGGCUACAUGAGGAUGGCCCGGGACGGCAGGAACACCUGCGGGGUCGCGAGCUACGCCCUGUACCCCGUUCUCUGA